CGCUGAUGCCCGAGGGAAAGCGGACCUCUCCAUUGACAAAAUCCACAGUCGAGUUUUAUCAGCGGGGAAUGUAGAGGAGCGGAGCCGCGUCUGUUCACCGCUGCCGAGAAACUUCACCUGCCAGCAGAGAGCGAAGACUCCUGCAACAUGGACGGCUUUUACGACCAGCAAGUCCCCUUCCUUGUUCCGCCAAGACCUCACGUGGAGGAGCCGGAGAAUAAAUCUGCCGGUGACAGAAAGAGGAAAUUUGUGGACACGGAGCUGGCUCAGGACACUGAAGAGCUCUUUCAAGAUCUCAUCCAGCUCCAGGAGAUAUGGAUUGCAGAAGCCCAGACUCCUGACGACGAGCAGUUUGUUCCAGAUUUCCAGUCUAACUUGAUGUGUCACGGACCGUCUGUCAGCAAAGUGAAGCGAGAGGCCAGUCCGUCCAAGAACCCGUCUCCAUGCAGGACGCCGUACCCUGACAAGUGCCUUUAUAAUUCCAGUGCCUACGACAGUGAGCCAGCUGGGAUCAAACCUCCAACUGCAGCCUCCACACCGACAUUACCCUGCGGCUCCGCCCGCCCCGCGGGACCUCAGCACCUACAGAGGCGGCUGCCGCACUGUGCGCCCCAGCUGACCAGCACCUGCCCCCCCAGCCACGCCGUUUCCCUCAGCCCAAACGCAAACCAUCACAUCCUUCCACAGGCCAGUCAAAGCCAGCAUUUUGCGGUGCCACGCCCCCCCGCCCGCUGCUCGAAUGGCUCCUUCAGCACAGAACAGAGGUUUCAGCGGCAGCUGUCGGAGCCCUGCUUGUCAUUCCUCCCUCGUGAGAAUACGGCCAGGACACAGUACACCCCCUCGACGUGCGACAGCCGACCCCUGUACCAGCGCCACCUUUCAGAGCCCCUGGUGCCCCGCCCGCCCAUGGGCUUCAAGCAGGAGCUGGUGGACCCUCGCUACCCAGAGCAGGGGGUCCCUGCUCAUGUCCCUCCCCCGGCCCAAACCACCACCUUCCAUCCUCUGUCCAUCAAGCAAGAGCCAAGAGACUUUGGCUUUGACUCAGAGGUACAAACCUGCCAGGCGUCAUUUGGGAAGUCGUCAGUUUUCUACCAGAAAAACAAUGACGGGUUUGUUCAAGACGGAGAGCCACACUUGUACUAUGACGACACCUGCGUCGUACCAGAGAGACUGGAAGGUAAAGUGAAGCAGGAGGGUCUGCCUUACCAGCGCCGCGGCUCCCUGCAGCUCUGGCAGUUCCUGGUCACUCUGCUCGACAACCCGGCCAACGGACACUUCAUCACAUGGACCGGACGCAACAUGGAGUUCAAACUGGUGGAGCCUGAGGAGGUGGCUCGGCGCUGGGGAAUCCAGAAGAACCGACCGGCCAUGAACUACGACAAGCUCAGUCGCUCACUGCGAUACUACUAUGAAAAGGGCAUAAUGCAGAAGGUAGCUGGAGAAAGGUAUGUCUACAAGUUUGUGUGUGACCCCGAGGCGCUGUUCUCAAUGGCUUUCCCGGACAACCAGAGGCCGAGCCUGAAGGCAGACCCUGACGCCGUCCUGCCCGCUGGCGAAGAGGACGGACUCCCUGCAGCGAACUACGAUGAGGGGGGGGCUUAUUUGGCCGACGGAGGGGAGCAAUGCGUCCAGGGACUGGCUUUCCCGGACAGCUACCCGUUUUAACCCGGCAGCCUUGGGGUUCGGAUUGUACAUGACAAGUAUUAAUCAGGAGGAGCCCAAAACUGCUGAGCAUUGUUGGAGAUCUCCAAAACGUAUACCCUUAUGUAACAAGUUAACGUAAUAAUCCCUAACAUUUUCAUAUAAAUACAUUUUCCUUCUGCCACGCGCUUCUGCCGAAUGACACAACACAACAGCAAAUCGACCUAUAGUUCUUGGGAGAAACCCUGUAGCCCACAGGAAGUGAGAUUUUUCAUGUUUCUGGUUUAUCUGAAUGUCCAAUCAUGGUUGACUGACAAGUGAUCUUUGGGUAGUGCAAUGGCAAAACACCACAGCAAUGAGAACUUAACACCAAAGAUGGAAGCAAAAUGAAUAAAUAUGAUUUUAAGGAUUGGCACUGUCAGCACAGAUUUGGUUUGGUCGGUAACUCGGCUGUCUGCUGCCCAGGCAAGCACAGACCACGCAGUUUGAGACUAGGAAGGGAGUCCCAACCAGCAUGAAUGAAACCCAACAUACACACACCUUCCCACACCUCUGGUAACAAGGUUUGGUCUUUGACCUCACCUGCGAGCUCUAUUUUGCCAUGGGUGACAUGAGCGUGCCGAGUCUUUCGUCAAGCUCUGCCCUCCGUUUUGUACCUUUGAACUCUCUGCUGGCGUUUAUGGGUUCGUGAACUGAAUGAACUCCUGGACAGUCAGCUGAGCCCAGUUUCACCGCGAGAGAUUAGAAUUCAUGCUGUCACUGCAGAGGGCUGUGAUCCCUUUUUUGAACGCCCUUGCAGCUUGUAAACCUGCAGACUCGGGGCUCAAGCAAACACAAAGCCUCUGCUCAAGGACGACUUCUUGUACCCAAAGCCUAUGUUUCAUAGCAGGUUCCACAUUUUACUCUUCUUCAACAGCAAGAAGAGCAAUCACUCUGCAUUGUUAUGUAACAUUCGUUGGACAAUUUUACAUCUUGCCUUCUGUUACUGGUGAUACUCACAGCUGAGUUUUGUGUUGUGAAAAUCACCGCGGUGUUUAACAAAGCACGAGCACACAACCAGCCCUGUGCCUCCUCUGCAGUAUGGGCAUUACCCGGCUCAACACCCUUCAGAUCGCUGUAGUUUUACGGUCACAUUUGUAAACUUUAAGGGUAACUCAACACUAAAUCACAAAUGCCAGAAAACCUCUGCUGUACUGCCCUCUAGGGGUUGAAACAUGAAACUUUCAGGCAUGUUACACCACCAAUCAGUGGGGUGACACAGUGGCAACAGGUAUUUAUAGCAGCUGUCGGUGGCAAAAUACCUGCGGCCACGUCUGAAACUCAAAUUUUCAACCACUAGAUGGCAGUGCAGCAGAAGUUUUCCACUGGUGUUGAGUCACUCUUUAAAUGCAGCUUCGAACUUAGUAACCGAUGUUUGCUGUGGUUCCUACACAUUUUAAAUAUCGAAAUUCUUGUCUCAACUUGUUUGUGCAAUUUCUAGGAAUUACCAAAACACCUUGCCGUUCACUCUUGGACGCAAAAUCGACGAAGGGCAUGUUUUACUCGUUGACGAGGUGUCCUAAAAGGCCGUUUCACACAUUUUGUCCUCCCCUCUGAUCUCAGCUUCCUGUACUUUCUGAACUCUGGGAUCUGUAUUCCACACCAAAAAAUCUUCCCAAGCCAUGGCACUCCUCUACUGACGACUUCAAAAUAAAUUGAUGUAUUUUAUUUUUUUGUAAAGUAUUGCUUGAAAGGGAUAAACACCUGCAUUUUCCAGACGCUUUGGUCUUUCUAUAAUGAUGUAUAUUGAAAUGUUUUUGUGUACCUUUGUUUUCUUUUGUUUUUCAAAGCUAAUAUUUUUUGGUGCAAAAUAUGGACCUGCAAGUUUUUUCCUAUGACCGUUUUAUGACAAAGAUACCGCUCCUGUUUUAUCUCCGAUUCUGUAAUACUGCCACUGUUAAGCUAAAGGGUCGACUUGACCCUGUCUUGCAUGGACUUUCUACAAAUUGCUGUACCAAUCAUUGUAUCAAGAUAUGUUUUCUGCUUUUUUGUAUAGUUUGUUAUUGGCUUCAGUGGCUGGAAAAUGUCUAAAAUUAUAUAUGAAUAUAUUUUUGCAAACGGCUGCAUUUGCUCAACAUUGUAUAAGCUGCACAGUUUGACCUGCUAAUGUACUGCGUUGUCAAGUUCAGCCAAUUUUGAUAAGGAUGACUGGCACUGAUAUGACUCCCCUCAUAUGUGUAUAUAUAUAUAAUGUGUGCCUUCUGUUUUCAGUUGAUCUCUGCUGGAUACAAUAAACUACUUUACAAUC